AUGAAACGAGAAAAGUCUCAUGCUUUUAGAAUGGUUUUGGCGAUAAUCAGUGUGGUUUUUGGUUUACUUUUGAUAUCUUCCUUUCUUACCCUUUGUUGGAAAAGAAAAUCAAAAAAUAAACCAUCAUCCAUACCAUUAAUUGGUGACAAGUUCAUAAAGCUUUCCUACAAAGAGCUCUUCCAAGCAACUGGAGGAUUUUCUUCAACAAAUUUCAUAGGUUCCGGAAGUUUUGGCUUUGUAUACAAAGGGAUUAUCAACCAAGGUGAAACCAUUGUCGCAGUCAAGGUACUCAACCUUCAAAAUCCAAGAGCUUACAAGAGCUUUAUGGCUGAAUGCAAAGCAUUAAGAAAUAUUCGGCAUCGAAAUCUUGUCAAGAUCUUAACCUCCUGUUCAAGUCUUGAUUCCAAAGGCGAAGAUUUCAAAGCUCUUGUUUAUGAGUUUAUGCCCAAUGGGAGUUUAUGUGAUUGGUUGUAUCUGCCAAUGGAGGCACAUGAUCACUCAAGGAAUUUAAGCCUUCUUCAAAGACUAAACAUCGCAAUUGAUGUGGCUUCUGCAUUGGAUUACCUUCAUUAUCAUUGUUAUGGGACAAUUGUUCAUUGUGACUUGAAGCCAAGCAAUGUUCUACUUGACAAUGAUAUGACUGCACAUGUCAGUGAUUUUGGUUUGACGAGGCUACUUUUAGAACCUGAUGACAACUCAUCCCAGAUUCAAACUAGUUCUGUUGGGAUAAAAGGAUCUAUUGGCUAUGCUGCUCCAGAAUAUGGCAUGGAUGGAAGAACGACUAUACAAGGUGAUAUGUUUAGCUAUGGUAUCCUUUUAUUGGAGAUGUUCACAGGGAAAAGCCCAACAGAUCAGAUGUUUACCAAUGACUUAAAUCUCCAUAACUUUGCAAAGGCAUCUUUUCCCAUCCACGUGAUGCAAAUUUUAGAUCCAAAACUCCUACCCAAGGAAGAACAAAGUGAAGAAAUUGAAGAAGAUGUUGUCAACAGAAUUGAAGGUCCUAGUCAUAAGACAUAUAAAUUGCAAGAUUGCAUAACAUCAAUAUUUGAAAUUGCACUCCAGUGCUCCAUGGAAUCGCCAAGAGAAUGUAUGAACAUGAAUGAUGUUAUGAGAGGACUACAUUUGAUCAAAGGGAAUUUUUUUUGAAGCAAGAAUCUAGGAAUAUAGAGCAGCUAUGCCCGAUUAGAAGGUUCAAUAUCAGCUGUAAGAAUGAAAAGUAUGACUCCUUAACAAGGAUUGCAACAAGCCGAAAACUUGAAAAUUGAUGAUCUACUGGUGGAGUCUGAUACAAAGGAGAAUGUGACCAAUUUGUUUGAUGGAGGACAAUUAUACAGAUUGGCCAUACAUGUAC